AGCGUUCAGCCGCCCGUUAAAGCGUAGAGAAGGGAAGAGAAGCACAGAGGGGACUUGUCGAGGGGUGAAAAUGAAGACAAUCCUGUCAUCGGAAACCAUGGAUAUUCCGGAGGGGGUGAAGAUCAAGGUGAAGGCCAAGAUGAUCGAGGUGGAAGGCCCUCGAGGAAAGCUUACCAGGAACUUCAAGCAUCUCAACUUGGAUUUCCAACUCAUCAAGGAUGAAUCAGGCAAGAAGAAGCUUAAGAUUGACGCUUGGUUCGGAUCAAGGAAGACUACUGCUGCCAUCCGCACGGCCAUUAGCCAUGUCGAGAACCUAAUCAAGGGUGUCACCAAGGGCUACCGCUACAAGAUGAGGUUCGUAUAUGCUCACUUCCCCAUCAACGCUAGCAUCACCAACGGAAGCAAGAGCAUCGAGAUUCGUAACUUUCUUGGUGAGAAGAAGGUGCGUAAGGUGGAUAUGCUUGAAGGUGUGUCCAUUAUCCGUUCUGAGAAGGUCAAGGAUGAACUUGUUUUGGAUGGGAAUGAUGUUGAACUUGUCUCCCGUUCGGCUGCUUUAAUAAAUCAGAAAUGCCAUGUCAAGAACAAAGAUAUAAGAAAGUUCCUGGAUGGUAUUUAUGUCAGCGAGAAGGGUACAAUGGCUGAUGAUGAGUAAUUUAGGAAUAGGCUUACCUCUGUUUUGUUUUCUUCACCCGUCUUGCUCCUACU